AUGACUCUCACAAGACAGGUUUGGGCUCUCCUGGGUCUCUCCAGUGCUUUGACUCAUGCAGCAAGCUAUCGUACUGUCGGCUCAUCGGGUUGCGCAGCGCAGAUGGUCUUUGUGCCUCCCUACACUGACACAGUAGUGUUCCUAGACAAUUAUCAUCGCAACUUUGGUGGCCCAGGAGUGAAUUUCCAGACUGGCGCUCAUUCUUCACACCCAUUCAUGCAGGACGAUGAUUCGGGACUGUUCGUCUUCGGUGUUGAGUACGAGUGGCGUACUAACAACCUCCGCAAGUUGACACCAAAAUCAAACACGUUCUGUGCUGCAGGCGCUUUCAUGCCAGAUGGUACCAUGGUCAAUGUCGCAGGUGCGGAACUCUACUCCGGUGAUGCCAACACCAAGCAUCUCCAGGACGGCCGUCAGACUGUGCGAAGGUAUGCACCAGGACCAUGCAAGAUUGAUGGAUGUACUAUGGAUUUCGAGGUCAAUGUCAAUGAGCUGCAGUCUCGAAGAUGGUACCCAACCUCCAUUACUAUGACAAACGGAGAUGUCCUUGUCGUUGGCGGCUCAGAUGUUGGUCUUCUUGUCACUAACGAAGCUUCAAUCAAUAAUCCCACCUAUGAGCUCAUCAAGGCCGAUGGCAGUAAAGCACCUCCUCAGAGAAACUUGACCAUCCUGGAGUUUGGCGCUGAGGAUAACCAGAACGCUGAUAUGUCUUUCAAUCUCUAUCCUAUCCUCCAACUUAUUCCGAAUGCCGAGGGUGCCGACCACAUCUUCACGCUUGCUGGAAAUCGGGCUAACGUGUAUAACUAUGGCACCGACGAAGUACACAAGGAUCUGCCAGAUAUUCCUGGAGGCCCGAGGACUUUCCCCGGAUCUGCUGCUGCUGUGUUGUUGCCCCUGGGCAUUGGUGCCUACCAGCCCACUAUUUUGGUGUGUGGUGGCAGCUCGGGAGACAUCCCCAAUCCCAAGGCUUUACCCGACUGCUACAGAAUCAGACCAAAUGACGAGAACCCUGUAUGGGAAGAGGAUGACGCAUUGCCGAAUGGUGGCCAGACAAUGAUUGAACCUAUACAACUCCCUGACGGCACGGUUGUCAUGAUGAACGGUGCGCACAAAGGAUGCGCUGGAGGCUACCAAGCCGAAGAUCCUGCAAUGCAAGCAUUGAUCUACGACCCAUACAAGCCCAAAGGGCAGCGCUUCACCAAAUCUGCCACAUCUGAGAUUCCCAGAAUGUACCAUUCUGUCGCCAUUCUCCUUCCAACAGGCGAGGUCCUGGUGGCUGGCAGCAACCCUGAUGUCUUCUACAACCCUGUCGGAAAAGUUAUGCAAGCAAACAAGAAGUAUCCUCUGUUCGGCAGCAACGGGCAUACAUCAUACCUUCAUCAACAACAGUCGCCUCACUCAGCAUAUCCUACCGAAUACCGCGUCGAGAUCUAUUCACCGCCUUACAUGGACCAUGCUGCUAGCCGUCCUUUCAUCACUGCCUAUCCCAUUUCUGUCAAGUAUAACGAGAAGUUUCAGAUUGCAGCUCAGGGAGCGCGAGAGGAUGUUGUCGUUCGACUUUCUUACUCUGGUUUCCAUACUCAUGGUGUUGACAUGGGAGCGAGAAUGGUACAACUGGAAGCUGUUUUGAGCCCUGAUGGAGAUGACAUGAUUGAUGUUAUUUCUCCGUUCAACCCCACAAUCAUGCCGCCAGGUGUUUAUAUGCUUUGGGUUAUUGAGAAGGGUAUUCCUUCUGAGGCGGUGUGGAUGAAGUUGGAACUUUGA